AUGCAGCCUGAUUGCUCUCCGCGGUCGGGUGAGAUGGACACCUUGCUCAGCCUCCCGACGAUGUUGUUGACCCCCCGCACGCCAUUCAGCUUCACCAUGGCCUUCUGUGCACACAACACACACACAACAGCUGAGGCUCCUGCUAGGAGCUCCUGCGCGUCGUGCUCCCUUAAGGCCGUGCAACUCAACACAGCUGGAGGCAUGCCAUCGCUGAUGAGGAGAAUUGUUUGUUUUCAAUUUGUUUUUUCGCAGUUUGUCUCGCUUUCUCGCCGUUACUUUUUCGCGAGUGACCGGCGAGGAUUUUGCGGGCUGGGAUCUCUGGCCGGGCAGCGUCGGAUCCGGAUUCUGGAAGGCUUAGGAAGAUCUGGCAUUGCUGGCAAGGGCAGGGUGGGGCCUGCUUUGGAAGAUUUGUUCUUCCGUCGUAACGGCCAGUUGUACGCCGUGUGGAGCGUUCCGUGAGGGCGGCCUUCAUGCUCUCCCUGCACUCGCUCGUCCUCGUCUGCUGCAUCCUGUCAAGAGUGAUCGGCAGCACCGGCACACCAACCUUCCGCCAACAGCGGCAGCCCCAACCGCCGCGAGCACUCCAGGAGGAUCCUGGUGACUAUCUAGCUGAUGGCAGCUGGGCCGCCGAUGACAAUGGCAUUGCCUCGCCACCGCCUCCGGCCGGGGACGACGGUGAGGCUGAGGAGUGGGAUGAGGAGGGAGAGGGGGAGGACGGGCCGCUGCUCGACCUGCUGGCAGACAAGGCUGGAGGGGGGCCGAAGAGGAAGCAGGCGCUUAGGCCUGUACCGGGAAAUGGGGUGUAUUUGGGAGCCAUACUCGAGGUGAGGAGAGAGGCAGGGAGAGAGUGGCUGAAAGGGUGUUAGUGUGUGUCUGUGUCGUCUGCUGUGUGUCAGGGUGAGGGUCAGAUGCAGCCCUUCAACCAGCGGACGGGCAUCCACCACGCGGCAUUUAUGAAGUUCAUAAAGUUCCCUCAAGUCCUCACCGACACUGAGGGCGAAAUGAAGGCCGUAAGACACAGACACACACACACAGCCACACACACAGCAAGACCAGCAAACGUGUGACUGGUGCUACAGCUGGCGUCUUUCAUGCGGGAGUGUCGCGAGAACGACGCUAUGGCGAUGCUGACCCUGGAGACCCCAGAUGGCCUCAACUCGUACACGGCAAAGGAGGUGCGUAAGUUCGCCCAGCUCAUCAACCGGUGGGCCGACGUGCCGGUCUUUCUACGAUGGAACCACGAGAUGAACGGCAGGUAAGACUGCUCGGGGCUGAUAAGGGUGUGGGGUGCGGGUCGGCGCGCGUUAUAUAUCACUCUCUCUUUGUGUGUGUGUGUGUGUGUGUAUAGUUGGAACGUAUGGGGCCAGCAGCCUGAUCUGUACAAGGCGAAAUUCGAAGAAUUCGCCAAGAUGAUGAGGGUAAGCUAUGCAAGGCGGGCACGCACGCACACACACAUCCCUUUGGAUGGGCUCUUGCCUGUGAUGUUCGUGACCCUCCCAGAAGCACUCGAAGCAAGUGGUGAGUGAGUGAGUGCUGCAGCAAAGAAAGAACACACUCAGUGGGUGUCCCUGUCUGUGUCUGUGUGUGUCGAUCGAUUAUCAGGCGAUGGUGUGGACGCCAAAUCAGGUCUAAAAGCUGACCACACCAUUGGCUGGGAAAUGCACAGAACCACGCACCAUGGCACUGACAGAGAAAGAGCGCAUGCUUUCUCAUGCUUUCUCUUUUCAAAUCAGGAGUGGGGCUUCCCUUGGAAAGACGGACAGCACUACAACGCGUAAGUAACAAAUCCAACUCAUCCGUCCAUCACUCACUGGCUCAUUCAUAUGCUGUCUUGGCGUGUUUUGUUUGUGUGCAGCUCGAUCGACCCCUACGACCCAUACCUGCAGUUUCUGCCCGACAAGUCGCUGGUCGACUGGAUCGGCAUCAGCUACUUCCACUUCGGACACGAAGUCCGCGGCAAGAACCUCAUCCCAGGCAACAACAUCGUCCCCCUCCCGCACUCAUUUUUCCCGCCCAUAGAGGAUUUCUACAGAUUCGCGCAGCGCCUCAACGACGACAGCAAGAACCCGCAGCUGCCGAUACUGAUUGCGGAGACCAGUGCGGUGUGGAAUGUGGACGGGCCAGUGAAUCGCAACUAUAUGGAAGAACAAGCCAAUGGGGGCGGGGGGCGGGUGUUGCAGCAGCAGGAUGGGGGUGGGGGGUGGCACUGUCCGCACCAGGGCGCCACUGAGGUGAACACAAAAAAGAGAGACGCACGGGAGGGGAGGGAAGCUGACGCUCUCAGUGUGUGUGUGUGUGUGUGUGUGCUGGUGUGUAUGCUCAGUGGGACAUCAAGACAGCGUGGCUGCAUGAGGUGUACGACCUGGAUAGCGACGGCAAGAACCUCAAGAAGGACUUCCGUAAGUGUUGGCUUACACGUACAUAGAGAUACUUGCUGAUGUGUCGCUGAACAGCACUCAUUCGGGCGAUCUUCUGGUUCAACGUCGCCAAAUACGAACCUGGUCACACAGCACACACACACACACACACACACCACACAUGCAUCCAAGACACGUCCACUGUCUCUCUCUCUGUGUAUGACUCUCUGUGUGUCAGUGGCCAAGGUGAAUGCCGAUUGGCGAUUGGACAUGCAGCCGGCCGUCACCGAUGUGUAUCGCAAGCUGGCCUCCGACGACUACUUCCUCAAACACGCAGUGGCGGCUUUCGAGACACAGCAGACUAUGCAGAGCCCCUAAAAUGGAAGCGAUUGGAUGGAUGGGAGGGUCGGGGGCAAGUCCGACAGGAGGCUGAGGGUGGUCUGGUGGCUCGUCGUCUGGUGAUAGCAAAG